AUGACCUGGCCAUCAUGCAAUUCGACGCUGGAACAUGAGACGAUCCAGGAGGUUGACCUCUGGGAUGGCGGGAUCACCUUUCACACUUUGUGUGUUAUUAUUUCGGCGGUUUGUCUCGUCAUAUCAUCUUUCCUGGCAGGAAUUAUUAUCCUCGGCCACGCUCGACACUACAGCAGGCCAGCCGAACAGCGAUAUGUCAUCCGCAUUUUGUUUAUGAUACCCAUUUACACACUCACAUCGUUCCUGUGCAUUUACUUCUACAAGUGGUCUGUGUACUUUGAGCUCAUUGGCUACUGCUAUGAGCCAUUUGCCAUUGCUUCUUUCUUCACUUUGCUCUGCUCCUAUAUUGCACCCGAACUCCAUGAUCAAAAGGAGUUUUUCCGUCAUAUAGAGCCUGUCAAUUGGGUAUGGCCCAUUCCAUGGAUGCAAAAAUGCACUGGUGGUCAAAAGGGGCCUUGGAGAAAGCCAAGAAGUGGACUAACUUGGUUUAACGUAUGUGAUCUUUGCUAUGCUAUUAUAAUGGAUGAUCGAGGGUACAAACUAACUAUUUUCAAGGUUAUCUGGAUUGGUGUAUUCCAAUACUGCUUCUUACGACUAAUUCUGACCAUUCUUGCUGUUGCGGCUGAGUCUAAGAACCUCUACUGUGAAGACUCUGAUAAUAUAGCAUUUGCCCACGUUUGGGUUCUAAUCAUCGAAUCGGUGGCGGUCACUAUUGCCAUGUACUGCUUGAUCCAAUUCUAUAUUCAGACGAAGAAUGACAUCGCCCAGCAUCAGCCCUUCAUCAAGAUUCUUUGCAUCAAGCUGGUCAUCUUCCUUUCCUUCUGGCAAUCGACAAUCAUUGACUUUUUAACUUCGUCCGGCGUUGUCAAAUCAUCCGCCAAAGUGGUGCUUCAAGAUUGGAACAACGCUUUGCCAUAUGUGCUCAUUUCCAUCGAAAUGUGCUUCUUUGCUAUCCUGCAUUUCUGGGGAUUCCCCUGGCGCCCAUACGUGAUUGCAACGGGCCCUGCAGUCGCCAAUAGUGCGCAGUACUAUCGUGGUGGAAAAUUGGGAGCCAAAGCACUGGUUGAUGCGAUGAACCCGUCUGAUCUUGUCAAGGCCAAUGCACGCGGGCUUCGGUGGUUGUUUGUUGGUCGGAAGAAACGAAUGGGUGAUCCGAGCUAUGAUCUUCCAAAGCGUGAGACUGGUGUCGAAACUGGAGAAGCAUCGUCACCAAGACCACAGGAGAUGAUUUCCGAAGCACAAAUUUCUGGGCUUCGGUGA